AUGCAAUGUGGAUUCGCUUUUCUCGAAGCAGGAGCCGUUAGAAGUAAAAAUUGUACAAAUAUUCUAAUUAAAAAUGUUUUGGAUUCGCUUCUCGGAAUUCUUGGUUAUUGGGCAAUUGGAUGGGCUUUGGCCUAUGGACCUAAUUCAAACAAUUUUCUUGACCAUUUUUUCGGAUUUAGCCAAUUCUUUGUUAUUGGUCUACAAAAUUAUGCAAAAUUCUUUUUUCAAUUUGUUUUUGCUGCUACAGCUGCUACAAUAAUUUCUGGGGCGGUUGCGGAAAGGGCAGAAUUUGCUUGUUUUUUAACCUACUCACUUUUAAUUACUUCAUUUUGUUACCCUAUACUAACACAUUGGGGAUGGACUCCAAAUGGAUGGAUGGCUAGAGGGUUUGACCCAAGCCUUGGACUUGAACAACAUUUAUUCGAAAAUAAUACAUUAAACAACAAUAGUAGUGAAACAAACAUUACAACAAUUACAAACACAACAACAACAUUCAGAACAACUUAUGUUGAUUUUGCUGGGUCUGGAAUGGUAAUAGUAUAUAGAAAUCAGAAUAAAAACAAAACAUAA